ACUUUUGGCAACUUAAAAAAGCUUAACUCGUGUCACGCCGUUUGCCAACAGCAACAUCCACCUUCUUUGUUUUACGAAGUUUUAUGCUUGUAUCACAAAGUGAACGAUUGUUUCACUAAUCUGCCGCACUACUGCCGGACCCCUUCCCACUCCAGUGUGACUGACUUCAUUGCAGUGAUCCCCCUAAGGAUGGCUUAAAGUGCGAAACUGAAUUGCAUACUCUGCCACAGAUCAUCUGUCCUGCUUAAGGUGAAGGAGAUGCUUUGCUGACUCACGUUGGUUGUUAGAAUGCCCAAAGAUAGUUUGGAGCUGGGUCAUGAAAUCGGCCUGGUGGCAGAUUGGCAGAUCCUUCUCCCAGACCGCCAUAGCCUACUCCAAGGCUUUGCCUGACAGCAGGGUUGUUAUAAGGUAUUCCAAUAUGGUGGAACUCUUCUGUAGGAAAGUCAUGGGGCUGUGGGCUUCUAUCAAACCACUGAGGUGACUGGAGAUGGCGGUCAGAGCAAGGGACUGGAGCUACAAGGGCUGGUGUCGCCGGUGGGGGUGCUGUAGUAAUCCUGGACACCGACUGGGAGAAAGUCUGGAAGGAGGCAUUGAGCUUGUCCAAGGAUUGCCAAAGCUUGACGAUACGUCUUUGUUGUUCACUAAAAGCUACUCCCAUUCUGCUUACAAUGGUUUUCACAUCCGUAGUCUCCGCUGUUCUCUCUUGUGGCUCAGUCCUGCUGUUAUAAUUCUGGUUGAGCACAAUUGCAGGAGACCACAGGAGUAAGGUUUCAACAGGGUUUAUUUCACAGCAAACUUAAACUUCAGCAACACAGGCUUAAAUCAGGAUAUGUCCGCUUUCAACAUUUAAUUACUUAGACCCAAUUAUUCUCAAUACAACCUCGCUCACCGGCGAAAGCGGCAUGUGCCACACUCAUGUUGGCGGCGGUCUCCACAACACUUUAAGAAGGCCAUCAAGAAUGAGCCACAGGUGAUUCCCAUGAUCACCUGUCACAGGGUUUCUCAAUGUGAUUGGCAUGAGCUUGGGGCAUUUGUCGCUUUCUGGUUGCCUGGGGUUUUAUAGGGCAAUUUCUAGGGGUUUGAUGGUUCUGGUGGCAUCAGGCGACAGGCAAUGUGAAGGAUCACUAGUCUUAAACCUUGGGCUUAUUUCACCACAUUCUGUCCAAGGAGGAAGAGGGGAUUCCUCUCCAACGACGGCUGGCACGCCAAGCGUGUAGUUGUGAUUGGAGCAGGUUGUUCCGGCCUGGCUUGCAUCAAGUGUUGCCUGGACGAGGGGCUGGAGGCUGUGUGUUUCGAGAGCAGUGAUGACAUUGGAGGACUUUGGAGGUUCAAAGUACAUAACAGGCAGAGGCGGACAGAGUACACAGCUUCAUUACUUGAGUAAAAGAAUAUCGACAUUUCAGGGGAGACAUUUCCAUAGCUGGGAAUACUGCAGUGCAGAUGGAAUGCAGGGGAAGACUGUCAUGGUGAUCGCUGUAGAUGCCAGCAGAGUGGCAAAGCAAGUGUACCUGAGCACCAGACAUGGCGCGUGGAUGGUGGGGCGCAUCGGAGAGGGUGGGAUGCCCGCUGAUGUGGUGUGUAGUGACCGUCUGGCUGUGCUCUUGCACAGACUAAUGCCAACUUGGACCACAAGGGCAGUGGAGAAGCAGCUCAAUAAGCACUUUGACCACCAUCUUUAUGGGCUACAGCCCCCUCAUGGAUUCUUUACUCAGAUCCCAGUGGUGAAUGAUGAUCUGCCUGGACGUAUCAUCUCUGGCCGUGUGAUGAUAAAGCCAAAUGUGAAGGAGUUCAUUGGCUCUAGUGUGAUUUUUGAGGAUGGAACAGUGGUUGAUGAGGUGGAUGUGGUGGUGUUUGCUACAGGCUAUAACUAUGACUUCCCUUUCUUACCUGAAGACCUGAGGGUUAAAGAUGGCUACCGCCUGUCUUUGUACAAACACAUCUUUCCCCCGAGCCUGGAGAAACCAUCACUGGCUGUGGUAGGCUUCAUCCAUGGACUCGGAGCGAUUAUCCCCCUGGCUGAGAUGCAGGCUCGCUGGGCCUCCCGAGUCUUCAAAGGCCUCACCAAGCUGCCCUCAGAAAGCAUAAUGCUUGAAGACAUUCAAGGAACCACCAAGAGAAUGCAUCAGAGGUUUGCCUGUUCUGAACGCAAUCCUUUACAAGUAGACUACAUCCCCUACCUGGAUGAUGUUGCACAUGAAGUGGGAGAAAAGCCACAGUUCUUUUCACUUUUUCUCCGAGACCCUGGUCUAGGUCUGAGGAUUCUGUUUGGGCCCUGCACUCCAUACCAGUACCGCCUGUGUGGGCCGGGCCAGUGGGCGGGGGCCCGCCAAGCAAUCUACACGCAGUGGGAGAGGGUGAUCCGUCCCUUUGGCACACGGAAACUACCAGAGAUCCAGCCUGAGACGAAGCAACGCUCCCCUGUGUAUCUCACAUUUGCAAGUGUGAGCCUACUGGUUACUGUAAUGUACAUGAGAAAUUGUUUACAGUUACAUAAGUAACAGAGCAGUUUCAGGAAGCUCUCUUAUAACUGCUACUUCAAAUACUGAAUUUUCCCCUCUUUGAUUUCUUAACAGGGCCAAACAUGAUUUUAACAUGUGAGUUUUAAUCAAGAUUUUAGCUACAUAGAUUUUAUGGUGCAGAUAAUAAUGACAUAUUAGUUUGCGGAUAUGUAAGAAUAAUGAAAACGUAUAACAAAACUAACUUUUGUUGUGUGAGGUAUGAUAUUGGAGUGAUUAUGUGUGAUGAGUACUGUAAAAGGUGUAAAAAAAACUCGAUGCAAGGUUCACUGCACCCGUGUAUAUAUAUAUGCUACUUUGAUCCCGUCAAUUUGGCGAUGUUUACCGAAUGUUAACCUGUUGAGUAGUGAAUUUCCUGGUUCCUACUAUUCUAGAAUUUUACACAAACAAUCAGUUUCAGAGUUUCUUUUUUAUUAUUUCUGAUGGUAAUUGUGGCAUCAUAGUGCGGAAUUCUCGGUUUGCGAACAUUCUAAUCUCAUAUUUGUGACCCAUACUCCUUAACAGUAGCCUGACGAGCCAGACCCACCUCAAGAUGUAGGGUCUGGGAACUUACC